ACCCCUGGCUUAGCUUCCCAACGUACCCAAACACACUAAAUUAUUGUCCCUCCACCAGUCCACCUUUUAACAUUCAAAUAUCACACAGUAAACACACACAGAGAGCACUUCAUUAGGCCUCCAUAGAUCUGCUGCUAAAUAUCUGUGAAAACUCCAAAAUAAGCUUCAAUCAUGCUAAAUAAAUCUUCAUCUUCCAAAAAAACAAAGAAUGAAGCCCUUAAAAGAGCUCCAUUUCAAGAAGUCAACAGAGGAGGGUUAUCAAGAAACAGUAGUGGUAGAAGUACUAGUAGCAUUUCAUCUUCAAUUGAUGCUCCGACUGGUUGUCUUCGUUUCUUUUUAUCAAAUUCUAAAACACCCAUUUCUCAAAAACCCAAACUCAAGUCCAAAAUGACUACUAAGUCAGCUCCCAAUGCGAAAACAAGGUCUACUUCUUCGAGAUCUAGUAAAAACCCUAGUGAAAAUCACCCCCCAAAACCCAAGAGCAAGAAAAAAGAUCCCAUUGUUUCAGUUGUUGCUUCAAAAGCAAAGCUUUUGAGGAAAAGCCCAUCUGUGUUGAAUGAGAUUGGGGUGGAUAUGUGUUUACCGAACCCGGGUUCGAAGAAAUUGGAUAAUGCAGGUGAAGUGUUUGAUCAUAUGGGUGGUAGUAAUGUUGAUUUUACUCCUCUCGGUAAAUUAGGAUGUGGGUCUGUUUUAGAUUGCGAUAAUAGUGGUAAGAGUGUGGCGGAAAAAGGGUCAAGUAGUGGCAGUGCUAUUAAGACACCACCUGUUCAGGCUUCAGUGUCACCUGAGCUUCUUCGUGGCUCUUCUGUGUUGAAUUCAAUUAGUACAAUGACACCUAGUACUUGUUAUGGUGCUGGUCAUGUUAUUUCCGGGGUUAGUGAUAAGAGGAAAUGUAGGCCUAAAGGUGUUCUCACUGUCGGGGCAGAGCUUGAUUCUUCUGGAUGUAAUGUUGAAGGUGAUAAUGUUGUUCGUGGUGAGGAUAGUUCAGGACAUUUUAUAAGGAUCCUUACGGGUUCUAGGCCUUCAUUGGUUCCUUUGCCUGUUGAAGCUUCUAUGAGCUGGCAUUUAUCUCCUUGUCACGAGGAGGAUGUAGGUGAGAAGGGUGAUGCUGUGCAUAAGCUGUUUCAAAAGGGGAAUUCUGUAGGAUUGGUUACACUAGACUCACCCUCCUUGUCUACAUCACCUGAUGAGCUUGCUACUAAUCUAUGCGACACUGGUAGUUAUAAUGAUGAUCUUGAUUCAGAUGCCACUCCAAGAGGGAGACUAACUAGGAUAACUUUGCUUUCUCCCAGAAGACUUGCAGAAUUUCAAGUGAUAAAGGCUUCAGCUGAUACAGCAGUAGAACGUCUGUCUCUGUCUUCUCCUUCAAUUACACCUGAUGGUAAGGUUGUCUUGUCAAAAGAAGAAAGGGAUAAUGAAAAUAAUUGGGCUGGAGAAAGUACUCCACUUUCUAUUGGGUCACUAAGUAGUGGGAAUGUUAUGCAGACCCCAAAGUCAGAGUCAAGUUCAGAAAGACAUGUUUUUCCAUCUUGGUUAGAUGUGGAAGAUUCUGCUCAGGAAACUGCAAUUGAUUCAUUGACUGAACUUCUACGACCACAAAGUUUAUCACCUAGGAGCCAGAAGUCAACCUGGGAUCCACUUGGUUUAAAAUUUCAGUCCACUGAUUUGAGUUCGCCUUGCAUUUCUAUUGAUCCUAUUCAGCACCAGAAAGCUAUAGAGAAGCAUGCUUCUUGGUUUUCUGGGUCUACUUUCGGAGAUAUGCAGAAUUCUGAGACAAGGAUAUCUUGGAGGGAAGGUUUAGUGAGUCAGGUUCUAGAAAUGGACGACCUAGAUUGCUGCAGGUACAUGUCAGAUGAGGAGAAUGAUGCCGGAGGAAGCAGUGAAUAUCUGGUAAAAGUGUGUCAUGAGUCUGAAGGUGAGCAAAAUGAUAGGUUAUCAACCAGUGGCUUGAGGUCUCCUGUGUUUCUUGACUGUGAACCUGACAUUGGUAGUAAAGGAAAGGGAAAAAUAUCUUCUUCGAAACUUAAUUCAUGUGCAGAGUCCAUAUGCACCGACGGUGGAGGGCUAGUUGCUUCCAGAGAUUCUGACUGGACUAUAUGCUACAAAAACCAGUUGUUUGACAUAUAAUUGCUAUCAUCUCAUUUGACUUGAACAUUAACUACAUAGUAAGUUUUUCUGUGCUUACUUCCCUUUGAGAACACCUCUGUGUUUCUUUAUAAUGUAGCACAAUGUCCAACAUAGAAAUUCAGAAAGCAUGUUCUUUUAGUUCUUCAGUUAUUGUCAUGGUUAAAAUUCUAAAUGCCUUGUUCUCAUUGAAUUGAUUCACUAUAUCUAUAUCUGUUUGUUGACCUAUACAAAGCAGCACUACACAACUUUGUACCGUUAUGGGCACUGGUUAGUUGUUGAUUCUAGCUGUAACAUCUAGUAGAGAUUAUCUUAUCUUUAAAGAAAAUUGAACUACAAGCUCUUGAAGUCACAUAGACAAGAUUUUAGACUAAACCACAAGGGUUGUCACUUGUAAGAAUAUUGUGUUCUGAUGUUGAUUAUAUAGCUUGAAGUUGAUGUGCCUUG